AAGUAGCUCGGUGUGAGCUACAGUAUCAUUGAGCUAGAACAGUUCCUACUAAAAAUCAUUAUAUUAUACUAAUAAAUACAAUUUAAUAGUUUUUUUUGUUUUGUUGUUAAUCAUGUCUGACAGAAAUCCCGGAAUGGAUCUGGAUUUGGAGUGGGUGUCAAAGGUCAGACUGAACACUCAGGCUGUGCUGAAAAGGGCCCAACGAGUCCAGAGCCGCAAGGUUGCGAAGAAAGAAUGGCAGGCAGCCUGGCUCCUGAAAGCUGUGACGUGCAUUGACCUGACGACACUCUCUGGAGAUGACACUCCGUCUAACGUCCACCGACUGUGCAUGAAGGCAGUGCAGCCUGUCCGCUAUGACCUGCUGCAGAGCAUGGACAUGCAUGAUAAAGGUAUUACAACAGCUGCAGUGUGUGUUUAUCCAUCUCGUGUGGCCGAUGCAGUGAAAUCCUUAAAAGCAGCCAAAUCCAACAUACCUGUUGCCUCUGUGGCUACCGGGUUCCCUGCUGGUCAGACUCCCCUAAAGACACGUCUGGAGGAGGUGCGUAUGGCUGUAGAAGACGGAGCAACUGAAAUUGACAUUGUGAUUAAUCGGACGUUGGCUCUCACGGGACAUUGGGCAGAAUUAUAUUACGAGAUCCAGCAGUUCCGAGAGGCAUGUGGUGAUGCUCACAUGAAGACCAUCCUGGCAGUAGGAGAUCUGGGCACUUUCACCAAUGUCUACAAAGCCAGUCUUGUGGCAAUGAUGGCAGGAUCUGAUUUCAUCAAAACCUCUACUGGCAAAGAGUCUGUUAAUGCCACCUACCCAGUCGCCAUAGUAAUGGUCCGGGCCAUUCGAGACUACUACCUGAAGACGGGUCACAAGGUUGGGUUUAAGCCAGCAGGGGGUAUUCGCACUGCACAGGAGGCCCUAGUGUGGCUGGUAUUGAUGAAGGAAGAGUUGGGUGACCAAUGGCUCACGCCUCACUUGUUCCGCCUGGGAGCCAGCAGCCUGCUCGGAGACAUCGAACGGCAGAUUUAUCACUAUGUAACAGGACGCUAUCCAGCCAAUCAUGAUCUUCCUAUGGCCUGAUUUCUUGAGAUCUUUCAACGUGACCGACUCCGACUCAGGACGUGUUCCAAUCAGCCACGGAGAAAAACCUCCAUUGAAGUCUUCAGGGAGCUAAAUUAACUUUUGGGAGGAACAUUGUGUGUAUUUUACAGAUAUGAAGAUAAUGCUGAGGAGAAGGACCUCCCCCUGCCCUUGCUUUGAUUUUGUAAAUGACUUUUAUUUGUCAUAUCGUACUGAUCAAAAAACUGCAUUAGAAGGGUAGCCUAUCAAAUUGUAUAAAGAAACUUUUGUUAAAUUAUUUUAAUAAAGGCCAAAUGACAUGAA